CCCUGCAGUGAACUGCUGCUGGCUGAGCUGUGUGUGCUAUCAUUCACCAUCUCUCGCUUCAUGGCCACGAAAAGCCACACACGCAGACUGAGGAAGAAAAACUAAUCGCGAUAUCGCGUUCGUGCAACCCAAGUGAGAGCAGCAAAGGGCGGCGUAUUUGUACGAAGAGUUUGCAGGGACCAACAGCAGGUCUGUGAAUCAUUACAAGACACACAAGACAGCCGCGGAAAAAAAACAUCAUCGCUCGAUCAACUCUGACUUCGGGACGGAGGCCGCAGCCCACGGGAGCAGAAGGGUACAUAUACGUGAGCUCUUCUCCACUAAGACCUCUUCGAGUUGCAGCGCCACACUUGCUGCCUUACAACACCGAGCCGAUCAAACAACAUGCGUAGAACUCGUAGAUCAAGCUUCGACACAGCAGCAGCCGGCGGUGACGGCGGAGGAGGUGGGCUGGGGUUCGACCAAAAGCGGCGGACGGAGCUCUUGGCCGAGGCGAGGCGGAAGCGGGUGGCCUGGGUGGAGGAGGCCAGGGGCAUCGACGACGGCGUCGACGGCGCGAGGAAGAGGAGGGAGGAUGAGGCGGCGGCGAGCGGCCGUAAGGCCGAAGGCGAGCUGGAAAGGCUGUUCCCGUCUGCGGUAAAGUUUCACGACUUUCUCACCGGGCUGGCAGGGGACCGUGAGGAGACUCCGGCGGGAGACAUGUCUGCCAUACUGCAGCCCUUCAUGAUAGAGGACGUCGACAUCGGGGACGACCGGCCGAUUCCCGCUUAUCGGGAAGGCUCGGUCCCCUUCGACGUCUUCCUCGAUAAGCUCAGGCACCCGCGGGCCGCGGAGGUCGUGAAGAGCCUGCAGCAGUUCGUGGCGGCGUUCAGCGCCCGCGUGGAGGCGCCGCCGGCCCUCGCUUCCCCCGGACCGAGGGGAGCAACCGCCGGGAGUUUCAAUGCGUUCGUAGGGGUGCCCGUCCCAGCGGUACGAAACGGCAGGGAAGCGGAAACGUCGCCUAAUGGGAGUGCUGGUGGUGGCAGUGGGGUCACCGCGGCGACCAUGAGUGGGAUGAUGCACGCGUUCUUGGGAAGGGUAGAGGCGCAGAUGCGGGAAAGUGCCCUGUGGCGAAGGGAGACCGAGGAACAAUGGGAGGAUACCAGGGAAAGCCUGGAGAGGAUUGUGAUGCACAAGGUGUUCGAUCAGGCCUACGGGCUCGCGGCGGACCCGGGAAGGGACUCGUCGAUCUCCACCCGACUCCGCUCGCUGGGCUUCCUGACGGAGGAGCACCUAGGCGUGCCUCCCCUUGUGGACGCGGAGGAGGAUGGAGCACCCACCUGGGCCGACGCAGAGGCGCAGCUCCUCAAGAUGUCACGGAUGAGGUGCCCGGGAGACAUGUUGCGGUGCAUCGUCAAGUGCACGCGUAUCGUGGCGGGCCUCCUCACGGGCGACCGGGCGGCCGGCGGCGCGCUCCCCGGCGCGGACGACUUCCUCCCCGCGCUGAUUCUGCUCGUCAAGCGGGCCAAUCCGCCAGGCUUGCACAGCACCUUGGAGUUUGUGCAGAGCUUCCGCGAGCCGUCCAAGCUUCUAUCCGAGGCGGGCUACGUGCUGACGCAGCUCGUCAGCGCCGUUUGUUUUCUCGAAGAGGUCGACGCCUCGGUGCUGAGCAUCGCCCACGGGGAUUUCGAGCGAGGCUUGAUCCAGGGCUUCCAGGAAAGCGCCAGGGUUGGCCUGCAGGCGCACCAGCAAGAGGUCAAGAAGGAAGAGGAGCAUGCUCGGCUGCUUCAUAGCAACUCCCAGGGCCGCGCCAAUGGCCCUAUUCCCGGGUCAGCGACAACCUCGGCUUCGUUGUCACCGCCUCCAUCUGGCGAUCACGCUUCUGCGGGCACGGCUGCUGCGGUCGGGGGGGGUGGAGGAGGGGAGGCUAGUGCUGGCAUCCCCGGACCCACUCCCUUACCACAGCCGGAGCCGCCUCGAACAAUCGGGACGGCCGAGGUACGUGCCCGGCGCCAAGCUGCAACAGCAGCGGCGGCAGGAGCGGCGAUAAAGUCGUUGCCCUACAGCAGCGCUGCUGUGUCCGCGGCGUCACUAGCAGCAGGAGGGAGUGGAGGAACGUCGGGCACUGGGCCUUCUCCUCGCGAACGGCUCCCUUCUGGUCGAAGCCGACACCGACAGCAGAGGAAUGGCGGCAGCAAGCAGCAGCCGGUGGUGCUGCAGCAGCUCCGGUUCGUCGGGUGCACGGCGGCGGAGCUUCGGAUGUCGGAGGUGCCCGCUCUCCUGGCCGAACACGACCAGCUCGCUCGGCUGUGCGAGAGCCUCCUUGCGGAGCGCGAGGAGAUGACUAUUCCACACCGCCGCCGGUAGUACGCCAGGGUAGUGAUAUAUCUAUCUCGUGUCAAGUCUAUCGGGCCCUGUAGCUUGUGGUGUUCCUUCGACAGCGUGCUACCUACAGUCGGCCUUUUUGCUGAGGGAGGGCGAUCGGAUUUUGGUCGAGAGUGGUGGGAACAGCAAGUUCCCACCCGUGGGCUUGAGCAUUGUCCGGAUCAUCCGUCGAGAGAUGCAUGUCUCUACAUGGGAAACAUGUAGCGUACGUUCGCUUCGAUAAAACAAGCAACGAAAGGGAUUUAUUUCCAGUCCGGACGGAUGAAAUGGAUGGCGCAGCACGGUUGUGUAGGCGAGGCUUUGUAGUGAGUUUGUGAGAAGUUCGAGGUGCAGCGGAAACUUGCCGUGCGAUUUUGGCAGGCCAGGGCAUGAAUAGCGCACCUGUGUGAGGAAGAAGGCUUCAGCAACACGACAAGUCUUACACCGGUGCUCGGUCUGGUGUAAACGAGCGGAACGCGGGGAAAGCCUGGGCAACGUCGCCUAGAUUCUCCGUACGUGGGAGUGUAUGUGACCGGCUGCACCAAUGCGCCGACCUUGAAUAUGCAAAGAAACUGCUUCUUGCUUGACAUUUUGGAUGCUUCUUGACGGUAAAAAACAUCACGGAACGGGCUCCGGGCGGAC